AUGUCUGCUGCCAACCGCGGAUUGCGUCAGGCUACGAGAUCACUCCGGCUGCAGCCCCAUUACAGUCCGCGCUCGGCGCUUCGGCCCCUGAGCAGCUCGCUCAAGUGCGCCGCUUCCCCCCUCUCGGCCGCUGCCACACCCGCACGCAGCAGAUUUUCCACCAUGGCCUCGCUGCAAUCUGUCUCCGUUGCGACGCCCUCGCCCGCGGCGAGCAAGGGGUACGACCCCGAGAUCAAGGAUAUCGCCGACUACGUCCACAACAAGGCAAUUGACUCGGAUCUUGCUUUUGACACGGCAAGAUGGGUCUUCCUCGACACUCUUGGGUGCGGGCUUGAGGGUCUGCGGUUCAAGGAGUGCACUAAGCUCUUGGGCCCCAUCGUCCCGGGCACCGUUGUACCCAACGGCGCCAAGGUUCCCGGGACGCCAUACCAACUCGACCCUGUGAAUGCCGCCUUCAAUAUCGGCGCCAUGAUCCGGUGGCUGGACUACAACGACUGCUGGCUCGCAGCCGAGUGGGGCCACCCCAGCGACAACCUGGGCGCCAUUCUGGCCGUUGCCGAUUGGAUUACGCGCACCAACAAGGCCGGCGGGAACCUUGCCGGCGGCAAGAUCUUUACCAUUCGCGACGUGCUCGAGGCCAUGAUCAAGGCGCACGAGAUCCAGGGCUGCUUGGCCCUGCUCAACUCGUACAACAAGGUCGGCCUCGAUCACGUCGUCCUGGUCAAGGUUGCUAGCACUGCCGUUGUGAGCAAGAUGCUGGGCAUGAACGAGAAGCAGACGGCCGAUGCUGUCACGCAGGCGUGGGUUGACGGCCAGAGCUUGCGCACCUACCGCCACUCCCCCAACACCAUGUCCCGCAAGUCGUGGGCCGCUGGUGAUGCCUGCCAACGGGCUGUCAACCUUGCCCUCAAGGUCCUCAAGGGCGAGACCGGUAUCCCCACUGUUCUCUCCGCCCCCGUUUGGGGCUUCUACGAUGUGCUGUUCAAGGGCAAGAAGUUUGAGUUCCAGCGGCCUUAUGGCAGCUAUGUCAUGGAGAAUGUGCUCUUCAAAGUGUCGUAUCCCGCCGAAUUCCACUCGCAGACAGCCGUGGAGGCAUCGCAAAAGAUCCACGCGCAGCUGAAGUCGAUGGGCAAGUCUGCCGCGGACAUCAAGGGCGUCACCUGCCGGACGCACGAGGCAUGCAUUCGCAUCAUUGACAAGCAGUUCAAGCCCAUGGAUAAUUUUGCCGACCGCGAUCACUGCAUCCAGUACAUGUGCUCGGUCAUGCUCGUCUUUGGCCGGCUCACCGCGGGCGACUACGUCGACGGCUCCGAGGCGGCCACUUCCCCUCUGGUCGAGUCGCUCCGCAAGAAGAUCAAGUGCGUCGAGGACCCGCAGUUCACGGCCGACUACCACGACCCGGCCCUCCGCACCAUCAGCAACGGCCUGACGGUCGAGCUCAACGACGGCACCGUGCUGCCCGAGGUGGUCGUUGAGGCCCCGCUCGGCCACCGCCUCCGCCGCGAGGAGGCCAAGCCCGAGAUCCUGGCCAAGUACAAGCGCCACUUGGAGCACCAUUACAGCGCCGACAAGGUGCAGCAGCUUGUGGACCUUGGUUUGGAUGCCAAGAGGCUUGAGGCCACCGAGGUGGAUGAGUAUGUUGACUUGUAUGUUAGCAAGGGUAGCAAGUUUGUCAACUAG